GUAGGGGAAGCCAAUCGGAGAGCAAAGCGCGAAGAAGACGAGAGGCUUGUGGUAGUCUGUUCGCGGUUGCGAAGCUGAGGAGGCUUGCGCGUGCAUAGGCGGCUCAAUCGUUGCACCACACAGCUGUCAAUCCUCCGAAGUUUUAUUUGUUUUUAUUUGGAAAAAAAUAUCCAUCGUACAAUCGCGAUCUUUCGACUUGACGCUCUCGACGAGUUUGUGGGUUCCCCGACAGCAAGCAUGAGUGGCAGCGACGAGGCGACAUCGAGCGGGGAGCAGCGGCAGUACACGUUCGCCGAGGUAGCCGGGCAGUGCAGCGAGUCCCGUACCCUCAUCGCCAUUCACGACCGGGUCUACGACGUGACGAGAUUCCUGAACGAGCACCCGGGCGGCGAGGAGAUCCUCCUGGACCACGCGGGCAAGGACGCGAGCGAGGACUUUGACGACGUCGGCCACUCGAGCGACGCCCUCGAGCUCAUGAAAAAGUACCUGGUCGGGGAGAUCGUGCCGAGGGAGAGGCGGAACUUGCCUCGCAAGGAGGGCUGGAAGGCAGGGUACAACACCAACAAUCCCGAAAACGAGAAAUACGUCGACGGUCCGGGCUUCCCGUUUUUCAUCUUCGCCGGGGCGUGCGCGGUUGCUCUCUUGGCUAUUUACUAUCUCGCCUUUUAGCCUCUCGUUGCUUUUUUCGUGCCGAUUGGGUUUUAUGCGCGAUUGUGGAAUACGCGCUACGGGAGAGAGAAACGGUGGUUUUGUACCUAAUUUUUUCUUAAUUUUUUUUUUUUUUUCCCCCCCCCGAUUUUUCCCGCGCGAUGAUAAUAUUACGUCUCGUUUCGUUAAAUUGAUGGUUGCUUUUUUUUCUUCUCUGGUAUUUAAUGAUGUCUCUGCGUGUUUAACGUAAUCCCGUGUUACUCGACAGUUUCUUUUUUUCGCAAUUUUUUUGCACACUGUGCUGUAAGUAUGUACGACAUAAAAACCGAUGAAAUUUCGCGUUGAUACACGAUGUUAAGUGACGUGUUAUUCUUGUGUUAAGUGACGCACUCAAAUUUAUUUUUUAUUUUUUUUCCAAGUACAAGAAAAAUCUAUCUGGUCGAAUAAUUGUAAAAUUGUGCCAGCAAUACGCUAAGUUUGAAUGUAAUGUACAAUUUUAUAUAUAUAUAAACGAUGGAAAAUAAUAAAGUAGUCGAUAAUUUUACAAACGCAA